AUGCUGGCUCGAUCGGCCGACAAGACUAAACAGGCCAUCGAAGCCAUCAAGAAAGUCGUGCCAUCUUCCACCGGCGCCUUGAAAUACCUGCGUCUGGACCUCGCGGACCUCGCCUCCAUCAAGCGCACAGGCUAUGAGCAGCACGUCGGCGUCAACGUGCUAGGUGGCUUCUUGCCGGCGAAGCUGCUCACGCCCGUGCUAGUAUCGACUGCCCAAUCGGCGCCACCGAACACAGUACGCGUUGUGUGGGUAUCCUCGGUAGCGGGAGAAAUGUUCGCUGAGAAGAACAUCGGUGCCACGCCAGAAAUGAAGACCGGAACCAUGGCCAAGAAGUCUGGCAGCGAGCGGUACUGGUACAGCAAAGUGGGAAACUGGGCCCACGGCGUAGAGUAUGCCUUGCGACCGCAGGCCAACGGCGUCAUAAGCGUGCCCCUGAAUCCAGGCAAUCUUCAGUCCGAACUGUACCGUGACCAAGGCUUCCUCAUGAAGAUCUUUGUCAAGAUCUUGAUGUACCCACCGGUCAACGGAGCGUACACGGAACUGUUCGGUGGCCUCUCGCGGGAUAUCACCCUCAGCAAGACUGGGUGCUGGGUCGUCCCAUUCGGUCGUACAUAUCCUGUCAGGCAGGACCUGAACUUAGCAACGAAGCCAGAGUCGGAGGGUGGCACUGGGGGAACGGCGAAGUUCUGGGAAUGGACUGAGGAACAGGAACGGUAUGGCGGUCCGUUGGUUCGCGUCGCCCCUGAUAUGCUCGUGACGGACGACGCCGGCGUCGUGCGGCAGAUCAACAGCGUACGUGCGGGCUACCGAAGAUCGAGUUGGUAUCAUAGCUUCCGCGUCAAUCCGUACGAGGAGAACAUGAUCAGCACCACCGACGAUGCAUUUCACACGUUCGUCAAGUCGAGCACCAACGGCGGCUACUCCCUCCGGGAGAUCCCGGCCAUUGAGAGCUCCAUCAACGAUACCCUCGCCGAGCUGAAGGCCUUGCUGCGGUCCACCUAUCCCUCUACAGAUAAGGACACGCGCCCCAUGGAUUGGGGCAACGUGGCCGAGUAUUUCACUCUGGACACGCUCUAG